AUGAUUUCCAACAGCAUCUCAUUCAUCGCCGUCAUUGCUCUGUCCUCCCAGGUUGCUGCAGCCCCGACACUCCAGGAGCGAGCUACAUCUGACCCGACGGCCUUCACCUUCCUUCAACGUGCUGCUAAGCUAUCAUCUGCCGCGUACAGCGGCUGUCUGGGAACUGCCUUUGAUGUAACCAUUACCAAGCAGAUAUACAACGGGUUUACCGAUACAAAUGGCUAUAUUGGAUACUCUCCGACGCAGAAAAAGAUUUCUGUCGUUAUGAGAGGCUCAACGACGCCCACGGACUUUAUGAAUGAUGCCGAUACGGCCUUGGUCACUCCUUCUCUGUCGGGAGUAAACUUCCCUGCUGGUGUGCAGAUCAUGAAGGGUGUUAAUGACCCAUGGACUUCUGUACACGAUUCCGUGAUCAGCGAAGUGAAGUCUCUCUUAGCAAAGUACCCGGAUUACACGCUGGAAUCGGCUGGUCAUUCACUUGGUGGCGCGCUCACUUACAUCUCCUACGUUGCUCUCGCCCAGAACUUUCCCGGAGUCUCGAUCACCAGCAAUGCUUUGGCUGCUUUUCCGAUCGGAAACACGGCUUGGGCCAACUUUGGCUCCUCCCAAAACGGUACCUUGAACCGAGGCAACAAUGCUAACGAUGGGGUUCCAAACAUGUAUGUCCAGUCACCGUACAACUUCCAGCACUAUGGAAUUGAGUACUACAGUUCGGGUACCGCGGCAACAUGUGUACAGUGUUCGGGGGAGCGCGAUACUGCUUGCUCUGCUGGAAACGGCCAGUACGGCGUUACCGCGGGCCACAUCCAGAGUUUUGGAAUCACCGAGGGCUCCGCUGGAUGCGGACCCUGA